AUGGCAGCAUUGUCAGAAUACUGCAUUGCCUACGAUGAAUUGUUCCGCUUUGAGUCUCUGGUUGCUACUCUCCACAUAUCAGAUGGCCAGAGCAACAACCCUGCAACCAACAAUGUCUCCUUACCUGAUGAAGACGGUAUAUGGGGGGCGCGGACUGCUUUUAUGGCCCUUGUCAAUGCCCUCACCAACUGUCCUGAAUCCCUGGAGGACCACACUUUGUUGUGCAAAGAGUUUGGGUGGCAAGGCUUGAAUGAAGUUAUAGUGGCCGCAGUGUCUGUUGGCGGCACGCUGAAUGGGCAUGACUCGGACAUGAAAUAUAUGUCUUCCAUCAUACCAUUAGUCAUCUGUAUGGAACCCUCUCUGAAGCCUCGCAAGAGCCACAGCGAUGAUUACAUGACACAGAAAAUAACAGAAAAUCCUUCUGCUGUUGACCAACGGCCAUCUCCUAGUCCGAGCUACAUGGACUCAUCUCCUGUGUCCUUCGACUAUAUCGUGGAACAGUUUGGCGGAGGUUGUCGAUACAAAUUACCGCCUGCUGAAUUGACGCCCUCACGGCUGAGGACCAGACUCAAAGACACAGAGUGGGACAUUGGUAUUGUCAAGGACACCUCUGCCUGA